ACUUGCUUCAGUCUUAGGAAAGCAGAUAUGUCUUAUGGUACCUCGUGUACCUGGGAUAUGAGAUGUCCAGAGAACGUCGAUGAUCUGAAGGUCAUGAGGAGCUUCUGAAAGGUCAGGAAGUGAUGAGACAAUGACUGCGACUCACAGCAGACGUCCCGAGAGAGAGAAUUUGCCUCCGGGCAGAGAACAGGACCUCAUUAUUUGUCCUACGAGAGAGCACAUGAGAUGUUUUAAUAGAUGUUUUCAGCAGUUUGGGGCCUGUGUCCUUAGAGCUCCUGAGAGAUUCCACGUGACGGUUCCUGCUCUCCUGACAGGGCAUCUCUGGGCUUCAGUUUGAUUCUGCAUGAAAGUGGAGAAUUCAGUAAGACCAAUUGUAUUCUGAUGUGGGAUCCUGUUCUGCAUAUUCCUCCAGAUAUUUCCUGGGAGUCUACAGAAAAAGCUGGAGGAAAUCCGGAAGGACGAGCGCGUUCCCCUCAUUCCUGGACGAUCACAGAACAGAGCAGAGAACAUGGAGGUGUCCGGCCACUCGAUUCUCACCCAUGUCCUGGUCGCCCUCUUCGGGAUGGGUUCCUGGGUGUCUGUAAACUCCUUGUGGGUGGAACUUCCUGUUGUUGUGAAAAAUCUUCCAGAAGGCUGGAACCUCCCGGCGUACCUCACCGUGCUCAUCGCCUUCGGGAACAUCGGGCCCCUGGCCGUCACCCUGGCGCACCGCUUCUGUCCUCCUGGUGGUCUGUCGGAGCCGUGGCUGAUCCGCUCGGUCUACCUCCUGAGCCUGCUGUCUGCAGCCUUCCUGGCGCUCUUCUGGGAGCGGCAGGUGGUUGUGGCGGGCGAGCUGCACUCGGUGCCGUACCUGCUGCUGGCGUACCUCCUGGCGCUCGGCUGCUGCACCUCCAAUGUCACCUUCCUGCCCUUCAUGUACAGCUUCCCGGGGCAGUACGUGCGCAGCUUCUUCAUCGGCCAGGGCCUCAGCGCCCUCUUCCCCUGCGUGAUGGCGCUGGGCCAGGGCGUGGGGCGGCUGGAGUGCAGGAACAACACCUUUGGGAACGGCACGGCCCCCCACUACAUGCAGGAGAACUUCAGCGCCUCCUCCUACUUCUGGGGUCUCUUCGCCCUCCUCGUGGUCUCUGCACUCUCAUUCUCCAUCCUCAUAUUCUGGAGACGACGAGUCAAGAAGGAGCCGGAGCAGGAACUCGGGGGCUCCAGUGUUCCUCAGGAUGGUAAUGGCUCCGAGGACUCGUACCCCCUGAGGUCACCAGAGCAGGAGAAGCCACAAGACACCACCAUGGUUGUGGGGCCAACGUUCUGGACCUCCAGGAACAUCUACCUGCUGCUCCUGCUGGGACUGUCCAAUGCUCUGACUAAUGGCGUCCUCCCCUCCGUACAGACGUACAGCUGCCUGCCCUACGGGGCGGACGCCUACCACCUGUCCGUGGUCCUCAGCAACAUCGCCAACCCGGUCGCCUGCUUCAUCGCCAUGGCUGCUCUAUGCAGGUCUUCUCUGGGCCUCGGUGUGAUCAUGGUGUUAGGAGUCAUAUUUGGGGGGUACCUGAUGGCCCUGGCUGCCCUCAGUCCUUGCCCUCCCUUGUUGGGCAGCACAGCAGGCGUAGUCUUGGUGGUCAUGUCUUGGUCCCUCUUCUUGGGUCUCUUGUCGUACCUGAAGGUUGUGAUUGGCAGCCUGCUCCAUGAAGCUGGGCACAGCGCCCUCCUGUGGUGUGGUGCAGUCAUCCAGGCCGGCUCCUUGGUGGGUGCACUGGUGAUGUUUCCCAUGGUCAGCGUCUAUCACCUGUUCCAGAGUGGCAGAGAUUGUGAAGACAGCUGCUGAGGAGGUUGUGCCGUGCCUGCCCUGUGAGGAGGUUGCACCAUGUCUGGUUGCACCAUGUCAUGCCUUUCAUCUCAGGAUCUUUUUAUAGAAAUUAAAUGUUUU